AUGAAGAAGCAAGGAAAAAUCGACGCUGCCAGCAUCCCCCUCUCUUCCCCAACAGGGAGCAGCAGUGUGCAGGUCUACCAUGACUACCAGAAGGUGGGCUUUAAGAUGUUUCCUGGGAACGGCCAUGUUACAGAAAAUGGUUCUCAGGCCAGGAGAGACCAGGUCACAGGUGGUACAGGCAGGAUGUCUAGUGUGGCAGACAUCAUCUCCAACAACCGAGAACAAAAGUACAACAUGAAAGACGAGAGUGUUUUCAGGAACUCCACAUGGAUGAUGGAUUCAAGCAGCCAAGCAUAUUCAGGGACGGAGGACAACUCCACAGACCCACACGAGACCCUGACAGAGACUUCCACUCUGACCUUUGUGGAUGCCCACACCAUGGAUGAAUCAGUGGAGAACCACAGUCUGCACGGGGUGGGGAUGAUUUACCUCAAGGAGUUUGUGCUCAUAGACGACGAUGAUGAUGGAGACAUGUCACUCAGAGAGAAAACUGUAACAGAUUUGUCCGUCAUGGAUGGAAAAGCUGCUGAUCUGGUGUGUGGGAGGCUGCUGUCCACCUCCAGUUGUUCAGUUUCAGAGUGUAAGGAGGAAUCUUCAGCCCCUGAAGUACCUCCACCUGAGGAGGCUGAGACUGCACAUGGAAAGAAACACUGCUGCUUCUGCACCCUUUUAUGA